UUACGCGAGCCGCUUGUAGUCAAUGGGUCUCGAUUUGUAUUGCCGCCAGAAGAUCAGCAGCACCGACACGACACCGAUCAUCAUCACACCACCUGCACACCCACACACAGGCAGCGAGACAUACAUACCAUUUGCGCCAACCGUGUGCUGUGAUGUGAUGUGUUGUGUUGUGUGUCUGACUCACCUCCGAGAACGGCAGGGAAGCCCAGCGGGAUGUCAUCCAUUUUAGACCUCCUGUGUUGCCGCCGCCCCCCCUGAUCACCCUCCUCCCGCACCACCCCCCCGCCACUCACGUACUUGACGCGCUUCUCCCUUCUCCUACCCUCAUAACUCACGGCCCGGCUGCCUCGCCGCUCGAAGCCCUCCCACCCUUUCCCUCCCUUGUCUGCUUGUCGGACGUUAGUGGCGUCGGCAGAGAGGUCAUCAGCCUCUAGAGGGAUGCCCACAAGCGCCUGCUCCUUGACGAGCUGCUGGUCCUCUCCCUCCCCAGCACCCCUCAAGGAGAGCUCCUGCUGGCCGGGUAUCCACUCGCCGGCUUUGAUCUUGCCUGCGGCGUCCUGCUCGAUUGGCUCGCUGAUGAGGCGGACCUGGAAUGAGCAUGGGGGCUGCUCGCAUGAGGGGCCGUCUGUGUCUAGGAGGAUGAGCUCGUUGGUGUCGUCGAUGUGCAGGAGGCUGCCCGGCACGUACAGCCGUUUUUGUGGACCAGCCUGACAGACAGAGAUACACACAACACAGAAGCGAUCGGUGUGGAAGUCGUUUUCCCCCUGUCCCCCCCCGCCGCCCGCACGUACCUCAUUCCAGUAUCUGCCAAGGCUGAAUCCGUUGAUAAAGGCCACGCCCUUGCUCCACCCAUUCUCAGACAUGUCCAGAAAAGUAUCCGGCAGCCUGCCCUUGACUCGUGGGUACUUUCCUGGCAGCGAUACGCUGCCCUUGAACAGCGACAGAGGCCCCACCUUCCCCUGCCGGUCUUGGUGGCUGGGUUUGUGGUACUUGAGGGAUGACGUGAGGAACUCGAGUGUGAGGGGGAGGGGCGAGGUGGCCCAGCUGCCGGCGCCGGUGAGGGGCUGCUGGUCAAGGUACACCGACCCAGUGAUGCCUGCACGGCACAGAAGAGCGCAUUUGUGUGAUCAGUAUGGCAUCGACACACUCAUGCUCCCUCCCUCCGUCCCACAUUCACUCACCUUUCAGGUCGGUGAGCAUCGGGUUUGAGUCUUCCGAUGUGACGAAUCUCCAGUUGACGUAGUUGAUGCGACCCAAGCUCUCGACCACAACCAAGAGCUCGGGCGGGGAGCUCACGCCCUGUUCGUUCAUUCAAGAUAUACCCAGACCACACCCAGAAGCACGAGAAAGGAAAUCGUUACGUGUGAUGUCUGUCGUGUGUGCUGGUUUGGAAUGCCCUCAUCUGAGUAGUGAGGCGACCUCUGUGGUUGGUGUAGGGAUGGUGACGUUGAUUGCCACACUGUCCGGCCCGCCCCCACACUGAUCGCUCUUCUCCCAAUGUGACGGCGCGCUCAUCUGCCGACUGGCAAUGCCCUGCACAAUCCACACAGAACACAGACACCGCGUGUGAGUGUGCCCCUCUUCCUCCCUGCCUCCCUCCUGUGCACGCAGCGGACCUGCAUAACGCCAUCGACGUACACGUGUGCCCGAUCGUGCAGCCCACACAGAUGCAGGACGUACUCGGUCUUGUCCUUGACCAGCCCCUGUGUAAUGGUGUGUCUGUAGGCCACCAAGGAUACGGGCGGCGACGUCUGCGGCAGCCCCAGCUCCUCGAUCGCCGCCUCGAGAGUCAUCGGGGUGUCACCUUUCAAGGAUCGGAUCGACGAUGCGUUCCUGCAGACGAGCAGGAAGGACACAUGCGCACGGUCUGUGUGCGUUGGCUGUUGGCUGUGGAGUGGUUGGCUUACAGAGCGUCGGUUAGGUGAGCGGCUUGCUCGAACGUGACGGUGCCAUACUCGCCCGACUUGCGCCAGACGGGCGUCACACGCUCAUUGGGCACGAGGAACUCCUGCAGCAACAGCCACUUCUCGCGAGGCCGACCUGCCACGAAACACACACACGCACAAGAUGGAGAGAAGAAACAGACGGGGGGCGGGGCCAUACCGGCCUCGCUGAUGGGGGCGUCGUAGUCGUAUGAAGUGGUGGUGGGCUGGUACACGCCCUGCCGGAUGUUGGCACCGUUCCACGCGUCGAAGUUGGUGCCGCCGUGCAUCAUGUAGAAGCUGAUCGACGCACCGUAGUCGUUCCACAGAGUCUUGACCAUCUUCAUCAGAUCCUGCACACACACAUCCAUCCAUUCGUUCAUGCCAGAAAGACGUAGGGUGGGCAGCAUCCGUGUGUGUGUGUAGGUCACCUUUGAGUCCACUCUGUGAUGCUCCUCACCCCAGUGAUCGAACCACCCCGCGUAGAGCUCGGAGUUGACGAAAGGACCUGUGGGCUGGAAGCGUCGCCACAGUUGAUGCAGCUCCUCCACGUUGGUCUUGGACGGACCGAAGUCGACUGCACAAAUGUGUCAUGUCACACAGCAAUUGGCAGACAGUCAACAAUGAAUGCAUAAGAUACAUACGCUGCGGUUGAGGUGGUGUGGUGUGGUGUGUGUGAGCUCACUGGUGGUGAAUGAGGUGGGUGUGGAUCCGCACUUGAGCAUCCGCUCAUCCGGCCCGUCCGUCGUAUACAGCACCACGUCAUCGCCCAAAUGAGACCUAGAUCAGAUAGAUGCACACAUACACACACAACACCAACACGCACAGCACAGACACCAACCACAUCAAUGCCAUGCCGAUCAGAUCAACGAAACCACACACUCAACUUAACCGCCCACCCACCUCAGCAAGUCCUCGAGCGUCUUGAGGUAGUCCUUAUCACACUCGCUGUAGCUCCCAUACUCAUUCUCUAUCUGGACCAUCAGUAUGGGCCCGCCGUUGACGUAAAGCAGCGGCUUUACUCGCGGCAGGAGCUCCUCGAACCACUCCCGCACCUCGUCCAUGUAGCGCUUGUCUGACGACCUGAUGCGGAUGUCGGGGACCGUGAGCAGCCGGCUCGGCAGGCCACCGUAGUCCCACUCAGCGCAGAUGUACGGGCCAGGCCGCAGCAGCACGAACAGGCCCUCCUCCCCAGCCGCCUCAAUGAAGUGCACGAGAUCUUUGUCGCCAGUAAAGUCAUACUCGUGUCGGUUGCCGGCGGCCCUGACCUCGUGGAAGUUCCAUGGCACAUACACCUGACACAAACAAAUCAACACAUCAAUAGAGUGAUUGAGUGCAUCAGAGAACAUGUGUGUGACCGGGAGGGAGCAUUGAUUGCCAAAACACCAGCCAGUAGUGACACCGCACACUGAACUGAAUCCAUCAGUCAGUACCUGAAUGGCGUUGAGUCCCCCGUCGUGUAUGAGCCGCAUGAGAGGCCGCCAGUGCGACCUGGGUAUGCGGCUGUACAGCACCUCGCCCGCAGCGUACUGGAACGGUUCGCCAUCCAGCAGGAACACGUCACUCUCGUGAUCUAUCCUGAAGGACGGCUCCGAGGCAGCGACAGCAAGGACCAAAACAACGUACAACACCCUGCAGGCUGCCAUCGUGCUGAGAUGCCGCUUCAUCUCCC